AUGGGCUUCAACUUGGUUCCCGUCGCAAUUGCAAGCGCAGCAGCAUGGCUACUCUACACCCUCAUCCUACAACCACUCUUCCUUUCUCCCCUGUCCAAGAUCCCGGCUCCACACUGGUCAUGUCACAUCUCCCCCCUCUGGAUCUUAUACACGCGGAAAUCCAACCGCCAAAACCGCACUCUUCACAGAGCACACCUCAAGCUCGGCCCCGUCGUGCGCAUCGGGCCCAACGAGCUCAGCGUCGACGGCUACGAUGCCCUCAAGACGGUGUACCAGGGCGGCUUCGAGAAGGACCAGUGGUACUCCAUCUUUAACAACUACGGCGUCCCAAACAUGUUCUCGACACUCGCCUCAAAACCUCACUCCCUCCGCAAACGCAUGGUCUCAAACGCCUACGCCAAAUCCUUCAUCCACGCCUCGGAACCCGCCAAAGCCCAAGCCCGCGCCAUCCUCUUCGGCCGUCUCCUCCCCUUACUCUCCGCCUCAUCAUCCAGACACACCAAGAUCACCAGCACCGACAUCGACACCGGCAGCAGUAGCACCAGCAACCCCGGACCCUCCCCCGGCGCCGGCAUCGACGUCUUCUCCACCUUCCUCGCCUCCACAAUGGACUUCAUAACAGCCUACACCUUUGGCCUCCGCAACAGCACAGAUUUCCUCCGCAAAAAGGCCUACAGGGACCACUGGCUCCAACUCUACCUCGCGCGCGCGAGCCACGGCUUCUGGCCGCAGGAGACCCCGCGGCUGAACGCGCUCGUUACCCGGCUGGGGAUGGGGCUGUGGAAGCUGUACCCGUCGUGGGUGGACGACGCCAACGCCGAGAUUUGGGCUUGGAACUGGCGGCUCUGCGAGGGGGCGAGGGAGUACGUUGGUGGUAAUCAGAAGGAGGGGGGAACUGCUGCUGCAGAAAAAGGAAAAGGUCAAGAAGACAAAAGAGACGUAGCGGACGAACCAGUCGUCCUCUGCGCAAUGGAAGCCGGCAUCGAAAAAGAGCGCCGCGUAAACGGGCAAGACUCCAUCCUCUACCCGACGACAAUCCUCCAAAAGAAUGAAUCAGUCGCCUCCGAAAUCCUAGACCAGGUCCUAGCAGGCCAAGAGACGGCGGGGAUAGCACUCACCUACCUCGCCUGGCACCUCUCCCGAUCCCCAGGCCUCCAAAAGUCUCUCCGCCAAGAACUCCUCACCCUCUCACCAGACCUCAAAAUGCCAAUAAACGCAACAGAAACAAACGCAGCUUCUUUACCCGGCUCCCUCCCCGACCCAAAACACGUCGACGCCCUCCCCAUCCUCCACGCCGUAAUAAUGGAGACCCUCCGCCUCCACGCCCCGAUCCCCGGUCCGGAACCCCGCCAGACCCCACACUCGCAUCCGCCCUGCCGCCUCGGCGACUUCCACGUUCCCGGCGGCGUCCGCGUCGCGGCGCUGGGGUACACCCUCCACCGCAACGCAGCCGUCUUCCCGGACCCGGAAGUCUGGGAUCACACCCGCUGGCUCGCGUGGAACACGAGUGAGGCGCAGCGGAGGGAGAUGUUGCGGUAUUUCUGGGCUUUCGGGAGCGGGGGAAGGAUGUGCGUUGGGUCGAAUUUUGCAAUGAAUGCCGCAGCAAUCUGGACGAAUUUCACGACGCAUGUGGUUGAUGAUACGGGUAUCGAGCAGGAUGACACUUACACGGCGCGGCCCGUAGGCGAGCGCUUGAUUCUACGAUUUGAACAUGUAGAGUAA